UCGUGUGCAUGCCACACUACAAAGUGGUCAUUACGUUUCCUAUGUUCGCGAUGGCAGCGAUAUGUGGUGGCGAUGUGACGACGAAACGAUAACACCAGCAAGUGAAGGGGAAGUUUUGGCCACAGAAGCUUAUCUGCUGUUCUAUACGUUGCCUAUGGAGUAUCUAGGGAAGCGACUAGCAGUAAGUAG